CAAAAAAUAUAAUAAAUCGACCCGAUCGACGUCCCUAACUAACCCGAAGCGCGGUGGUGGUGGCGCCACCCCAAUUGUGAUCCCCAUCAUUAGAUUCCCACUUCCACUCUUUCUUUUCCCCCACCACCUACCUAUACAUACAUUCCCCCUUUGUAUCUAUCACCUUUCCCCCUUUCCCAAUUCAAUCCCACAUUUCCCCCAAAUUGGGUUUCUCUCUUCCCUAAUUCGAGAUAAACCCAAACCAUGGGCAACAUCAGCAGCAGCGGCGUCCACGGCCGCCGAAGGAACUCCUCCUCCCGCCGCUCCCACCCUCCUCCGCCGCAGCCGCAGCAGGCGGAGAUCACCGCCAAUCGCUACGUCUUCGCGGCGGCCACGCCAUUCCCCCCGCCGCCGCACUAUCCGAGCAAUCCAAACGCGCCGCCGCCGCCGUAUUAUCAGUAUCCUGGCUACUAUCCGCCGCCGGGGGCGGCGGCGAUGCCGAUGCCGCUUCCGGCGCCGUACGACCACCGCAACCUGCACCCGAAUUGGGUGAACGGGCGGUACCCCUACGGGCCGAUGAUGCAGGCGGCGGCGCCGCCACAGUACGUGGAGCACCAGAAGGCGGUGACGAUCCGGAACGAUGUGAAUUUGAAGAAGGAGACGCUGAGGAUCGAUCCAGAUGAGGAGAAUCCCGGGAAAUACCUUGUUUCGUUCACCUACGACGCUACGGUGGCGGGAAGCAUCACAAUAGUUUUCUUUGCGAAGGAGGGUGAAGACUGUUGCUUGACUCCAACCAAUGAAAGCUUGCAUCCGCCAAUCAAGGUGGAUUUUGAACAAGGUUUAGCCCAGAAAUUUAAGCAACCCUCUGGAACCGGGAUAGACCUCUCAAUGUUUGAGGAGGGAGAAUUGUUGAAAGACGGGGACGUGGACAUUUAUCCACUGGCAGUCAAGGCAGAGGCAUCGACAGAUGGUCAAAACGGAAACUCUGACAAUGGGACCUCAAACUCCCAGAUAACUCAGGCGGUAUUUGAGAAGGAUAAAGGUGAAUAUCAUGUCAGAGUUGUGAAGCAGAUACUGUGGGUGAACGGCAUGAGGUAUGAGUUACAAGAGAUAUACGGGAUUGGAAAUUCUGUCGAGGGUGAAGUUGAUGCGAACGAUCCUGGGAAGGAAUGUGUUAUAUGCCUCUCUGAACCUCGAGACACAACUGUCCUCCCUUGCCGCCACAUGUGUAUGUGCAGUGAGUGUGCGAAAGUUCUUAGGUUCCAAACAAACAGGUGCCCGAUAUGCAGACAGCCAGUGGAGCGCCUUUUAGAGAUCAAGGUCAACAACGGAGCGGAUGAAUAACUAAAAGAAGAAACGAAAAAUAGGUGAUGCCUCUGCUGGUUCUGUAAAGUUUUUGUUUGAUCAUAAAUAUAUCUUCUGUAUUCGCCCCUUGUUUGUUUGUUUGUUUCGCUUCGUCUUCCUUUUCUCGUGACACCCUCGUCAUGCCCUCGUUGCCCUGCUGUUGUAGACUUAUCAGAUUGCUGUCUCAUUGCUAGGCAAAUCGAUAUUCUAUAAACAUUCCUUUCUAUCAAGAAUCAUUUUCAGAAUGUAUAUAACGUUAAUCAAGCUUAGCUUAAUGCUUAAUGCCUAUUUUCUGGAAAUUGAAUAAA